AUGUUGAACAAUUCUAGUACCACCACACAGUCACAGAUCUUCCAAAUCCAAGCACAAGUUCCACAGCAAAGGCUUCCUCAAUUCACAGUCCCCAUCAAGGCACAAGUUUCGAACUUUCCCAAUAGAACAACAGUGGCGGGUCAAACAGCAAGAAGGGUUUUCCAGAUUCUCUUCUACUUGCAUUUGUUCCUAGUUGCAGUCUUGGUGAUCUUUCUCGUCAUAUAUGGUUUUGUCUCUGACGCUCACACCCACCAUUUCCACCCUCAGAAAUGGUACCCCCCACUUCUAGCUUCUACAGCAUGUGCUGGAAUUGUUGGUUUCACAUGGCAAUGCAUCACUGCACGCCACUCCACAAGGGUAGUCAGGUUAGCGUUUUGGCUGACUCCCCUGCUAACAUGUGCAAUGGGAAUUAUGUUUAUAUGCAUUGGCACUGCAGUAAGUCUGGCAGUUGGUAUAAUUGCUUUGGUUUCUGCGUUAAUCCAAUCACUCUAUGGUUGUUGGGCCAGUCCCAGAUUUGAAUAUGGCACAAAAAUCUUGUCAGUUUCAAUAGCUUUUCCUCCUAACAAAACCCAAGGGCUAACCCUUUAUUCAAUCCUCAUUGGCAUCCUUUACUGCUGUUUCCUGGUGGCUGGGAUUGGAGGAGCUAGAGCCACUGAAAACAGAACCAAACUAGCAGCUUUUUUCAUCUUCUUGAUGUUGCUGAGCCUAGGAUGGACUAUGCAGUUUCUGAAGAAUGCAAUGUAUGUCACUAUUUCAAGGGUCAAGUAUAUGCAUUUUUCUGGAGGAGUUGACAUGGACACUAGAGUUGCAUUUUGUGACACAAUCAAGCACUUAACUGGAUGUGUUUCCAUAGGCUCCAUCUUGGUUCCCAUCAUCGUGCUUUUCCGUGGUUUUGCACGAACCACGAGUCUGGUUGGAGGAGAUACAGAUGAGUUCAUGUUUUCCUGUGUCAGUUGCUAUAUGGGGAUUGCAUCUCUUCUUGUGAUCCGUGGAAAUAGGUGGGGUUUUGUGCACGUUGGAGUUUAUAACAAAGGGUUUGUGCAGGCAUCAUCUGAUACUUGGGAGAUGUUCAUUAGGGUUGGAUUGUUGGAACUCAUAGACUUGGAUCUCACUGGAGCAUUCUGUUUCCUUAGUGGGGUUGGAACAGGAGCAAUAUGUAGUCUAGUGAGUGGAGUUUGGAGUCUUGUGAUGCACAAGAGCUAUGCCACAGAACUGUCCAUUUAUGCUUUUCUUAUUGGCUAUUUCAUGUGUCGAUUGGCCAUUGCAUGGGCACAAGCUUGUGUUUCAGCUUACUAUGUUGCCUACGCAGAAAAUCCACAGAGCACUCAUUUUGACUCCACCAUUCCAGUACGCUUGGAGCAGCUUAAUAGAUCUCAAGCUCUGCAAAUAUUCAGAGCUAAUAAUUUCAGCCGAGUCUAA